AUCGCUCUGAGAAGCGGGCAUGUCUGCGAUUACUGUCUCCGUUUGAAACUUGGGGAAACUGAGUCCCACAGAAAUUGGCUUCGACCAGAGACUAGAAGGCUUCUAGAUACUCGGCCGCCUUCAUCCUGCUCAGACCUCAGGUUGGUGGAGUCCGAACACAGUUCCCGGCGGCCCUUGCUGGGCAGGGGCGGGUAACAGAUGGGCAGCGGGAGGCUCUGGAGGCCGUGUCCAGGCUCUGAACUGCGCUAGGGCUGUGGACUUGCUGGCAGUGGGCCGCAGACAUGUCCCAGUCGCCGGCCUUUGUCCUCAAUGUCCUCGAGACCCCAGAGGACCCAGAGGGCAGCCAAGAGCCCAGCCCCUAUGAUGAGAGCGAAGUGCAUGACUCCUUCCACCAGCUCAUCCAGGAGCAGAGCCGCUGGGUGGCCGAGGAGGGGCUGGAGCUGCAGCAGAGGCAGCCGGGGACUGGUGCCCUGGGGGCCUCAGGCAGCGACCACGAGACCAUGCUGGGGCCUGAGGGUGCCCCCGUCUACAGCAUGGCCACGCUCCGCAUCUUGGCCAGCAUGCCCAGUCGCACCAUUGGCCGGAGCCGUGGGGCCAUCAUCUCCCAGUACUACAGCCGCACGGUGAAGCUGCGUCGCAGGGCCGGCCGGCCGCAGCUCAGGGACAUGGGCCGCUCAGCCCGGCCCAGCCUCCGCCUGUACGACCUGGAGCUGGACUCUGCGGUCCUGGAGGAGGAGGAGAAGCGGGGCCUCCUGGUGAAGGAGCUCCAGGGCCUGACAGCGGCCCAGAGGGACCACAUGCUUCGGGGGAUGCCCCUGAGCCUGGCUGAGAAACGCUGCCUGCGGGAGGAGAGCCGGCCCCCGAGGGGCAAGCACAGGGCCCAGCGGCACCAUGGGCUCCUCUCCUGCUGCGACCAGCUCCGUGACAGCUGUGUCCUGGCCUCACACAACCUGGGGCUGGCGCUGCUCUCGGGGCUGCAGGCCCUGAUGCCCUGGCGCUACGCCCUGAAGCGGAUCGGGGGCCAGUUUGGCUCCAGCGUCCUGUCCUACUUCCUCUUCCUCAAGACCCUGCUGGCCUUUAACGCCCUGCUGCUGCUGCCGCUGCUGGCCUUCAUCGUGGGCGUGCAGGCCGCCUUCCCGCCCGCACCCGCGGGCCCGGUGCCCGCCUUCACGGGCCUGGAGCUCCUCACCGGCGGGGGCCACUUCACCCACAGUGUCAUGUACUACGGCUACUACAGUAACGCCACGUUGAACCAGCCUUGUGCCUCCCCACUGGAUGGCAGCCAGUGCACUCCCGAGGCGGGCAGCCUGCCCUACAGCAUGCCGCUGGCCUACCUCUUCACCCUGGGGGCAGCUUUCUUUAUCACCUGCAUCACUCUGGUCUACAGCAUGUCCCACUCCUUCGGGGAGAGCUACCGAGUGGGCAGCACCUCGGGGGUCCACGCCAUCACCGUUUUCUGUUCCUGGGACUACAAAGUGACCCAGAGAUGGGCCACUCGGCUUCAGCACGACAACAUCCGAACCCAGCUGAAGGAGCUGCUGGCUGAAUGGCAGUCGCGCCAGCACCGCCGGAGUGCGUGCGGGCAGCUGCGACGGGUGGCUGUGCUGGGGCUCGUGUGGCUGCUGUGUCUGGGCACCACUCUGGGCUGCACCCUGGCUGUCUACACGUUCUCGGAGCUCAUGAUCAAGAGCCCAGUGUCCGCCAAGCGGGAGGCUGUCCUGCUGCUCCUGCCCCUGGUGGUUUGCCUCCUCAACCUGGGGGGCCCCUACCUGUUCCGCAUCCUGGCUGCCCUGGAGCGGCACGACUCCCCGGUGCUGGAGGUGUACGUGGCCAUCUGCAGGAACCUCAUCCUCAAGAUGGUCACCUUGGGGAUUCUUUGCUACCACUGGCUGGGCCGCAGGGUGGGCACCCUGAAGGACCAGUGCUGGGAGAACUUCGUGGGCCAGGAGCUGUACCGGCUCAUGGUGAUGGACUUCAUCUUCACGCUGCUGGACACGCUUCUGGGGGAGCUGGUGUGGAGGCUUUUCUCUGAGAAGCAGCUUAAGAGGAAGGGGAAGCCUGAGUUCGACAUUGCAGGAAAUGUUCUGGAGCUGAUUUACGGGCAGACCCUGACUUGGCUGGGGGUCCUCUUCUCCCCGCUCCUGCCCGCCAUGCAGAUCAUUAAACUGCUGCUCCUCUUCUACAUUAAGAAGGCCAGCCUGAUGGCCAACUGCCAGGCGCCCCGCAGGCCCUGGAAGGCGUCCCACAUGAGCACCGUCUUCAUCUCCCUGCUCUGCUUCCCCUCCUUCCUGGGCGCAGCCGUUUUCCUCUGCUACGCUGUCUGGCAGGUGAAGCCCUCAAGCACCUGUGGCCCCUUCCGGACCCUGGACACCAUGUAUGAGGCGGGGAAGGUGUGGGUGCGCCGCCUGGAGAAGGCGGGCCCCCGCGUCUCCUGGCUGCCCUGGAUCCACCGCUACCUGGUGGAAGAUACCUUCCCCAUCUACCUGGUGUCAGCCCUGUUGCUGGCUGUGAUCUACCUCAACAUCCAGGUGGUGAAGGGCCAGCGGAAGGUCAUCUGCCUCCUCAAGGAGCAAAUCAGCAACGAGGGGGAGGACAAAAUCUUCUUGAUCAACAAGCUUCAGCGUGUCUACGAGAGGAAGGAGAGGAGCAGGGCUGGUAGAACCGAGGAGGCCGUGACACCCCCAGCCCUGUUCGCAGACGGCUGGGAUGCCCAGUAAGAGCGCCAGGCUGGCAGCCUGGUUCCUGCGGCCCUGCAGGCAGAUGCCGCCUGGAAAUGACCCCGCUGGGAAACAACUGGGGAUGGGGGUCAGGGGGCAGGACUCUGCAGCCCACCUGAGGCUGGAGCACCCCUUGUGAACCCUGCCCGGAACUCUUAUUUAUUCUAAUUAAACAUGUUUUGCAAAAUGGG